UAUGACUUUUGACUAAUCAAAAAAAAUAAUGAAGUAAAAAUUCAACUACAGGUAGAAACUAACACUUAUCAAAAUAAGAGACUAUACUUUUUCUUUUUUUUUUCUGAAGGAGGAAAUAUUCGGACUAUCCGAUAAAUCGAACCCGAUUAAUUCUCCAUCGAUCUAGAAGGAGAGAUUCAUCCCCAAACAUGAUAAUCAUGAGACUCGAAUCCUGACGGGGCUGGACAACAGCUCCUACGGAGGGUGCCAUAACCAAUUGAACUGCCUAGGAGCGGCUGGCACAUAACCUCUCUUUCUUUUAUAUACAAGGUAGAGAUAACAAUAAGAUAAGAGUGGCAUAUGCAUACCACCGUGUUUCUACCCAAAACUUAGCUAUGGAAUUGCUUCUCUUAUACCCUAGGGCUGCAGCUGUUGGGCUACUUGUAUUGGCUUUUGUUCUCUCCUUUUUACUUUGGAGGACUGCUAACUCUAAGCAGGCUGAAGUUAGACCAAUCAAAAGCCGUUUACCGGUUGAAGCAGGCGGCGCAUGGCCCAUAAUUGGUCACCUCCACCUCUUAGCUGGAGGCUCACAGCUCGCCCACAUAAUAUUGGGAGGCAUGGCUGACAAAUACGGGCCAUCCUUCACCCUAAGACUCGGAGUUCACAGGGCCGUGGUAGUCAGUAGCCUGGAAAUGGCGAAGGAGCUUUUCACCUCCCAGGAUACGGUUGUAUCACAACGACCAACUAGUUUAGCAGCUAAACUCCUCGGCUACAACUAUGCCAUGUUUGGCUUCGCUCCUUACGGCCCAUUUUGGAGCGAGAUCCGCAAAAUAAUUUCCCAAAAAUUGCUCUCUGCUCGCCGGCUCGAGCUCCUCAAGCAUGUGAGAGUUUCUGAAACUGGGAUUUCCGUGAAAGAGCUUUACAGGGAGUCAUCAAAGGGUCGUGCUUUGGUUGAUAUGAAGCGGUGGUUUGGGGACUUGACUUUAAACGUGAUUAUAAGAAUGAUUGCCGGAAAAAGAUACUUUGGGGGAGCAAUAGAUGUCAGUGAGGAGAAAGAAGCCAGGCAGUGCCAGAAGGCGGCGAGGGAUUUCUUUCAUUUAGUUGGGAUAUAUGUGGUGGCCGACUUCGUUCCUUUCUUGGGUUGGUUAGACUUAGAAGGACACGAGAAGAAACUGAAGGAAACUGCUAAAGAAAUGGAUCAGAUUGUUGAGGGAUGGCUGAAGGAGCAUAAACGAAGAAAAGAGUCCGGCAAGGGUGAUGGCCAACAAGACUUCAUGGACGUAAUGCUCUCGGUCACCCAAGGUGGCCAAGGAGAAAUAAUGAACCUUGCUGGAGGCUAUGAUGCUGACACCAUUGUCAAGGCCACGUGCCUAAAUUUGAUGUCUGGUGGGAGUGACACCACAGCAGUUAUGCUAACAUGGGCACUAUCUCUCUUGUUGAACAAUCCUCAAGUCCUGAGAAAGGCUCGAGAAGAACUAGAUCUCCACAUUGGCAAGGAUAGACGAGUAACAGAAUCAGACAUCAACAAUCUGGUCUACCUUCAAGCCAUUGUCAAAGAGACAUUUCGGCUGUACCCAGCUUCUCCACUGGGCGUUACUAGGGACUUCAAUGAAGACUGCACUUUCGGUGGUGGUAAUUAUCAUGUCCCCAAAGGCACGAGGCUGAUAUUUAACCUGUGGAAACUCCAGCGGGAUCCAAACAUAUGGCCUGAUGAUCCAUCCGAAUAUAGGCCUGAGAGGUUCCUUUCGACUCAUAAAGAUGUUGAAAUCAAUGGAAAGCAAUUCGAACUGGUCCCCUUUGGCGCAGGCAGAAGAAUUUGCCCUGGAUUGCAUUUUGGCAUUCAAAUGAUACACCUGGUUUUAGCAGAUUUGCUUCAUGCAUUUGACAUCUCAAAGCCGAGCGAUGAACCGGUUGAUAUGACUGAGAGCGCUGGAUUGACAAAUGCCAAAGCCACGCCUCUUGAUGUGCUAAUUGCACCCCGCCUGUCUCCUAAUCUUUAUUAAUAAAUCUAAGUCUUAUCCAAAUAAUCUAUGUAUAUUGUAUUUGAAGAUGCCUCAUCCAAGGAUGGUGUGAAGAAUAUGUAGCAUCUAUACCUAUUUUUCAGGA